ACUUGGUUAAUUUGGUUAAAGUUUAUUUUUUCAAUUUGCAUAAGACAAACCUGUUAGAUUUAUUUGUUUAAUCUGUUUUUUUAAUUACAUUUUUGACCAAGUUGUAAAAUGCACGGAUGUUUACACCAGUUGUGAAAAGUAUAUUGGUCCUGUUUAGAAGCCUCAGAAUAUUUUGAACUUUGUCCUUAUAUUAAGAAAAAAAACAACCUAUUUUUUAAAAAUAUAUAUUUUUACGAUCCUUUAUUAAUUGAAAUUUAUUUUUCUUGUAUUUACAGCUUUUCUCUUGUGCGAGACUUGGCGAUUUGGAAGUUUUCCACUGCUGCCUGCUGCGAUUCUCACCUCUGCAUCACCACAUCAUCUCAGACCUCUUUAUCCUACAGACACAUAUUUUAUCUACAUAUUCAGACAAGUUCUUUUGCACAUAGUAACAUUCAGUUACACACACGCACACACACACACACACACACAUUUAAAUAACCGCCUUUCCCCCCCCAGGUGUCUUCUUUUUUUCUACUGUGGUCUUACAGGAUGCCCCGUAGGGGACGGCGCUCCGAGGCGGCCAAGGUGAGAUGGAGGAAGCUGGAGAGUGUGCCGGUCGUCGCCAAGCCUGGGACACCACCGCUCGCACCCAGCGCUUGGAACCCGACUCGGUCUCCGCCGACGAAGACGUCCCGACUGCUGGAGGGUGGCCUGCCCUACCAGAUGUCGCCCGUGGUUCGCCAGGACGAGGAGCCCCGUGGGCAGUCGACUUCUCUGGAGUCGCGCCGUGGGACGGGGCGUCGCCAUCGCGUGGAGACGUGGCCAGCUUCCCGGGUGACCAGACGGAGCUGCAAGUUGGUUCUGCCUACUGCCGAGGCUCUGGAGAAGAAGUUUGCUCUUUUGGUUGGUGAUUCCCAUCUGCGUGCUAUUGUGGAUGGGUAUUCUACCAUGCCAAAGGGCGACUUCUCCUUAGGGAUGCUUGCAUCUCCCGGCGCCUCUGCGGAAGAGUUGCGGCUUGAGGUGCUGGAUGCAGUUCUGCCUCGGCCCCCCGAGGUGAUCUGUCUUCUGGCCCCAAGUAACAACUUGACCGCCAGCAGGACCUUCGUGGAGGCCGGAGCGGCGUUUGACGCUUUGUUGCGUACCGUCUGCAACCUCUCUGCUAAUGUGGUCGUUGUGGACUUUCCCCCACGCCUUGGCGUGAAGGAAAGUGUGCAACAGCUGCGGCAGGAGUUUCAACGUGUGGCUGCUCAGAGAGGUGUUCGGUACUUGCCUGUCACUGAACACUUCCCGUUGAGCAGCCUAGCCUUGUGGAGCAGGGACGGCGUUCAUUUGAGCGAUCGUCCUGGGAUGGAGGUCCUUUCUCAGUUGCUUGAGGCGGCGGUCUCUUCGCAACUUGAGUUAAGUGCACCGAAAUCUCCAGCUCCUGUGAUGUUGGCUCCUCCCCCUCCUGGGACGGCAUCCCCCCCCGCGGUGAGACGUCCCCUGCCCCGGCUGGUUGUGGUUGGCGAGGUGGCUGCUCCCCGUCGUUCGGACCCCUUCGCCUGGACUGUGGUUGGUGGCCGUAAGGUACUGGAUACAUGCUUAGUUGAUUUAAGCAAAAUCUUGCAUGUUUAAUUCUUUAAGAAUCCAUGAAUGUGUAUAUUUGACUUUUUAACAUGUCUGUUUUGUGUCUGCCUACCUGAGUGUCCAUUUCAACUUUUCCUCAAAGUACAGAUCAUAAACUACAUAGCAGUUUUUUUAUUGUGUUGAGGGCAAGUAAAACUUUUCAGAAGAUCAUGUAAAUGUCAAAAACCACCUAUUUUGAGAAUGUGAAAGGGAAUUAGUUUUCAAACAUAAAAUAUAAAAUGCAACAUGACAUCCCUUUGUUAUUUGAAAUUUCAUCUAAGAAAUGGGGGAAACUUGUGCAAGUAAUGGUGAAAAGAGCAACUGUGACAAGUGGUACCAGAGUAAUA